UUUCUAACAAAUUCAUUGCAUCACAAUCAAUACAAAUUGUGGUGAUGUUGAGACUUUAAUAAUUUUUACUGUAAAUACCUUAAAAUAGUGAAUGAAAUAGAUUACAAAAUUAGGAUAAAAGUGUGUGGAUUUAGAAAAUAAUGCAAAAUUCUCGAAGAAGUUUAACGUUACUAUGUACGGCCACGCAAAAUUUGAAGUUAAAAUCGGCACUACCGCGUCUGGAAACUAUCGCAGCUGUAGUAAAUGCAACACCAAGACUACUGCAUGUUGCAGCAAUACAUAAUGGCCGCAAUCGGAAGCAACAACCAGGCAAUGUUUCGACCUUAUUUAAACCCGUCCAAGUGCAACAUAAUGCUGAUGAAAUUGAUGUUGGCUCCGAGAUAGCGGGUAAAUUAGAAAAAGCUGCUGUAUUAAAAAUUUUAAAUAAAUUUACCCAAAGAAGAGAAAUAAAAGCUCUGUGUACGGAAAAUGGUUUGGACAAUUAUUUACAGCAACAGGCGUUUGCAUCAUUUAGACGUUACUGCAUUGAAUCUGAAAAUCUUCCUGUAGAUCUUCAUAUAACAUUUAGUGAUAUUAUACAUGAUGCUGGUCAUGUAGACGAUAUUUUCCCCUAUUUCAUAGGUCAUGCCAGAACCAUAUUUCCACAUUUAGAGUGUAUGGAUGAUUUAAAGAAGAUUUCAGAUUUAAGAACACCAGCCAAUUGGUAUCCCAGCGCACGUGCUAUUACACGAAAAAUUGUCUUUCAUGCCGGGCCAACAAAUUCGGGCAAAACUUAUCAUGCUAUGGAAAGAUUUCUUACAGCAAAGACGGGUGUUUAUUGUGGUCCACUAAAGCUAUUAGCCACUGAGGUUUUUAAUAAGUCUAAUGAAAAGGGUACUCCCUGUGAUUUAGUUACUGGAGAAGAACGUAAAUAUGGCAUUAACGAGAAUACACCAGCGGCUCAUGUGGCAUGUACGGUAGAAAUGACUUCUGUCAAUACACCCUACGAAGUAGCAGUCAUUGAUGAAAUCCAACAACUACGUGAUCCCCAAAGAGGCUGGGCUUGGACUCGCGCUUUUCUAGGUCUUAUAGCCGAUGAGGUACAUGUCUGCGGUGAAGCGGGUUCUUUAGAGUUGUUGCAAAAAAUAUGUGAAACUACUAAUGAAACCGUUGAAGUCCAUAACUAUAAACGUCUUACCGAACUGACCAUAGAGGAUUCAGCUUUAGUUAGUUUGGAUAAUGUACAGCCUGGUGAUUGUAUUGUUUGCUUCAGUAAAAAUGAUAUUUAUUCAGUUUCGAGAGAGAUUGAGGCAAGAGGCAAAGAAGUUGCAGUUAUUUAUGGCGGUUUACCUCCGGGCACAAAACUGGCUCAAGCUGCUAAAUUUAAUGAUCCUGGCAAUAGUUGUAAAGUCAUGGUAGCCACUGAUGCUAUUGGUAUGGGUUUAAAUUUGAGCAUAAGACGUAUCAUUUUCUAUUCUCUGGUCAAACCCACAAUGAAUGAAAAAGGUGAACGCGAAAUUGACACAAUAUCGGUAUCAUCUGCCUUACAAAUUGCUGGCAGAGCUGGACGUUUCCGUACACAAUGGGAACAUGGAUUUGUUACCACCUACAAAGCAGACGAUUUACAAACUCUUAAGAAAAUUCUUGAUCAAACACCAGAACCCCUAAAGCAAGCGGGUUUACAUCCAACAGCCGAUCAAAUAGAAUUAUAUGCUUAUCAUUUGCCCAAUUCAACAUUAAGUAAUUUAAUGGAUAUUUUUGUGAAUCUUUGCACUGUAGACGACUCAUUAUAUUUCAUGUGUAAUAUAGAAGAUUUCAAAUUUCUAGCUGAAAUGAUACAGCAUGUUCCUUUGCCUUUGAGAGCACGUUAUGUCUUCUGCUGUGCUCCCAUUAAUCGUAAAAUGCCCUUUGUGUGUUCUAUGUUUUUAAAGAUUACCCGCCAAUAUAGCCGUGGAGAGCCUCUUACAUUUGAAUUCAUAACCAAAAACUGUGGUUGGCCUUUCAGUUUGCCCAAGACAAUAGUAGAUUUAGUGCACUUGGAAUCUGUGUUCGAUGUCAUGGACUUGUAUCUCUGGCUAAGCUAUCGUUUUAUGGAUCUAUUCCCUGAUUCUGUCUCUGUUAGAGCUGCCCAAAAGGAACUUGAUGAAAUCAUACAGCAGGGCGUUUUCCAAAUUACUAGACUUCUCAAAAAUACUGAGGCUAAUCAAGGUGCUAAUGAUGGCGAUACAAGCUAUAAUAUGAGACGUAUUAUACAAAAUAAGGAACCACGUAUUCCCAGCACAACACGCGGUCGCCUUACAGAUCGCCUAAUAGCCCAAGGCCUGUUAACGCCUGGCAUGUUGAGUGAAUUACGCAAAGAAUGGGAUGCUCAACAACAUGGUUUUGCCUCGAAACAACAACAACAUCAUCAAAAUACCUCAAAUCAAGCUGAUUCAACAAAUUCUCCCAAUGACAGUGACGACGACGACUCAGUGCUGCAUAAAAAAAUGCGUAGAAAACGUAGAAAAUAAAUUCUUCUAGUUCCUGUUUUGCUAGUUUAAAUUAUUUUAAGUGAUAUACCAUUUUACUUUUCUUGUUAUCUAGUUAAGUAUGUAUGCAAAGAAUUGUAUGAAAAAUUUUGGCAUAAAUUGUAAAAUUAAAAUCAGUUCUAUUAAGAGCUAUGUGUAUGUGGU